CCACCCCGUCAAUAAAUUAAUAAGCCUCCAGAAAAUUCCAUCAACUCCAGUGUCUCCUCCAUUGUCUCCUCGUCACAAAGAAAAUGACAACAAAUCAACAGUUGUUUACCCCGAUCAAUGCACAUCCCUUCUCAACAAUAAACUCGUGAUAAAGUACAGCAACAAGAAAUAAAUAUCAGAAAAUACUGAAUAAGUGACGGACAGGUCACGUUGUUCAAGGUGAUUGGUCUGUCGCUCACAUGGGUACAUGACCAGCGUCUGUGUCAUACAUAACCGUCAUGCACACAAUCAGAAUAAACAACCAUCCCAGACAUUGUGAUUAACGAAAAAUUUGGUGCUGCUGUUGUCAAUCUAAUUGGACUAAUAAUCUCGUGAUAAUUGUUUCGAUGCGCGAGAUAUCGGAGGUGAUGAGAGAUACGUACUGGAGACGUACGGACGCCCAGCGUCAGGCAUAACCUAGAAUCAUUAGUCGUUGACAAAACCGUCGAAUAUCGAGGGAUUUGAAAUAAUUAACGGUUUAUGUGAUUGAACAAUUGGGAAAAUGGCUCGGGCAAUGGUCUACAGGGGCUCCUCGAAUCUCCUACAUGUGGAUCCACCGAAUGAUGAGGUGGACCCCCUGGAGCUCCCGAUAAAAGCCGAGCCAAGCAGUCCGCUGAUGGAGUCGGUCCCAGACUUCCCUGAGCCUCCCUACAACCCCCCAGACUCCACAAGCGCUACAGAAUCGCCAGAUCCGCCGGAGUCACGACCAGACCCCCUCGACUCACCAGCACCACCACAAGAUCCGUUCGACUCACCAGCGCCACCACAGGACCCGCUCGACUCACCAGCGCCACCAGAGGAUCCGCUCGCGUCACUAGCGCCACCACAGGACCCGCUUGACUCACCAGCGCCACCAGACUACGACUCCUCGGCAAGUUCUAGCUUAAAUUCCUCUAAAUCCCAAAAACCCCGGUCAUCAGAUCCUUUCAGAAUUGCCAAAAAUCCCAGGCGAAGUCGCCAACUAGCGCGAUUUCUCCUAAACAACCGAAGUAAACUCCGAGAAAGUAGACUCCGCACUAGGUCCCUCGCGAUAUCCGCAUCCUUGGCGUACGAAUGUCCCGUUUGUUACGCGCAGUACAAUGACCGCAGCGGUCUCUCAAAGCACCUGAGCUUCUUCCGCGGUGCCCAAAAGCGAAUAGUCUGUCACGUUUGUAGGAAAGCCGUAGAAACCCCUCACCAAUUGCUAUCUCACAGAAAGUCCUCCCACCGUCACAUCGCCUGGCCGGAGGCACCUUACAAAUGCGACCACUGUCCCCUCUCGUACUCGAGCAAAAUGUCCCUGCAAAUGCACCUGUUCCACUACCACGACCUAGCAAAUGACGAUAAACCGGUGAAGCGUCGGGUUAGAAAGGUCGCAAGGCCAUCAGUAGCUAGUAAUAUUCAAAUCGCGUCAGCUAGGAGCGAGCGCAAGCAAAGGAGAGACCAAUUGGCACUGGAGCGUAGUGAGAGCCUCCCGAAGCCCUCAACCGCGCGAAGGCGCUCGACAAAUCGGCCAGGGCCGAAAUCCUCGAAAUCCCCCAGGUCAAAUCCACCGCCCCAAUCUAGCAGUUCUAGCGCCAAUACCUCCAGUGCCAAUGCUCCCUUCGUUCAGAUCCAUGCGGUACCUCAGGAGGUUGAGGCCCUCUUGAGUGAUUACGAGGGCAGUCCCAUGAAGAAGACAAAACUUGACGAGGCCCAAAAGUUGCCAGAAGUGGUGGAACUCACGUGUUUGAGGUCAGGUAGAGCUAGGGCAAGACCCGAUGUAGUAGAGGAGAAACCUCAGGAAUUGGAUUCAAAGACUGAAGUAAAAGCUAAGACGCCGUUGAAGAGACCCUCGUUGCCUCAGCAAACUCCGAAGAGGAAGGGCACUCCGAUGAUACUAGCCACUCGAAAGGUGAAGCUCCUACAGACGCGUUAUAACUGUCGAGAGUGUUAUGUGUCUCUGACGAGAAUUGAAACACUCGAGACUGAAGUAAAUGAGUCCCCAGAACUGCUGUCUCAAAUCGAGGGCACAUCGAUCGAUCUUCAGCUUAAGAAUCUGGAGAUCGCUCUGAAGAAACUCGAGGUACCGCAUUCCCCCUGCCCAGAUGAGUCUCCAGUGAAAAUUGAGAAAACAGGUGACUCGAUGAAAUCUAAGACCGAGAUAUACAGAUCGAGCGUCUGUCGCACGAGAUUCACAACGAAGCAGAAGCUAAUCAAUCAUUAUCUGUGCUUUCACACUAACUCGAGUCAGGACGAGUGUGGGGUAUGCAGAAUACGCUGUGGUAAUUCUCGAAAAUUGAAGAAUCAUUUGUUGCUUCAUUGUGUCAAGAUCAUCCAGUCUAAGCAGGAUCGAUCGCCGAUUGAUCCCAAGGGGCCGUGCGAGAAGUAUCGGAAGAAGCAUUUGUGCCACGGCUGUAAGAAGCGAUUCUGGCUGAGGUCUUGCUUGACCAAACAUCAAGAGUUCUGUAGAUUUACUCAAUCAGAGAUUAAGAAAAUACCUGAGAAAAAGGAAAAUGCUAUUGUUUGUAACAAUGCAAUUGUUAGAAGAACCUCCCCGAGGAAACUUGAGCGCAAAACUAGUGAUAUACAAUCUGCCAAGGGUGAUUGUCAGGAGGAGAAGACUGUUCAUCAGGACAAGACCGAUCCAGUUGUCGCGGAAGUCAGUCGCGUUGAGUCACAUAACGCCACAUGGUCUUUACCUCCAAUGAAGAUUCACGAGCAACCCUCAGUGCCACCAGAGAAUCACUGGUGGAACAAGAAAGUAACUUCAGCAGUCCUUGGAAACUCCUGUUCCACCUGUAACAACCACUUUCAGACGGCUGCCAAUUUGGCAGAACACAAAAGGAAAUUUACACCGAAACAGUUCAGUCGAUGCGACAUAUGUGGAACACUGUUUCCAUCUAGAAAUCUCCUCUCCAGCCACAAGAAGAUGACCCACUUUCCCGACGCAGGCACAUCCAAAAUUAGGUGUCCUGUUUGUGACCAGGGAUUCGCUAAAAAAAGUAAUCUGCGUGCUCACCUCCUGCACAUCCAUUACGAUCAGAUAUCUAAAGGCAUCGAGGAGUGGAGACAGCCUACUACCGUUUACGAAAUGAAGUGUAAAGUCUGCAAACUCAUAUUUCAGAAUCGAAGAAGAUUCAUCGAGCACAGUUUGUACUACUUGGACGAUGAGAUGUACAAUUGCAACAUCUGUGACAGUCGAUUCGUUGGAAAAUUUCGUUGUCAUUUCCAUUUGAAGACCGAGCACUACUCGAAGGAGAUGCAGCAAGCUUACACUCAUCAUUGCCCGAUCUGUAAUGAGGGCUUCAUGUAUCAGUCACACCUACACGCUCACAUGUUUCACGUUCACGAUCUCGCUAAUGAUGCUGCAAUCAAUGGAGGUCAUCUAGUGAACACCGAUGAUCCGUUUGUCUGUGCCACUUGUGAGCAAAGAUUCGCGAGCAUCAAACUGCUGGAUCAGCACCAGAAUUUCUACUCUAACGACGGAAAGUACCAGUGCGACAAGUGUGAGAGGAAGUGUAGAUCUAUAUCGAUACUCGAAUGCCAUCUCAGAGCAUCGCACUCAAGUCGUACAGACGCUUUCCAUGCCAAAUGCCCAAUUUGCGGGGAGGGAAUAUCAUCGAAAACCUCUUGGAUCUCUCACAUCAAACAUGCCCACGCGAAUCCAACGAAUCAGCCCUCGGAGUUCUGUCUGGAGAACGUUUGUACACUCAACGAAUUGACCCGUGAGUCAGGAGAGAGUCACAGAAUCGGAGGACAUUCGAACCAGUCGACUGUGAGCCUUGAAGAGGAUGUAGUCCUGUUGGACGAGGACGAUGAUCUGAGCAUCCCGGAGGUCCAGACCGCCAACAUUGAGUUCAAUUGUGCCAUUUGCGAUGAAAAGUUCACCUCGAGCCAGGAGUUGAAGAGUCACAAGAUCACUCAUGGACCCGUUAACUACGUAUAUGAAGACAGCUUGAAUUACUCCAACGUCCAGCUGAAUCUUUCGUCAAAGGGGCAUGAGUUUAUCACAGAACCUCAACAAUUACCAAAAAUGCCGCUGAAUGAUUUCAUCGGUCAAUCCCUCGAGACGGCUCAUCUCCCCUGCAUCCCGUCCCAGGACUCAGGUGCUGUCCACAGUUAUUCCACCGACAAGGAUCCCUGCAACUUCUCAAUCACCAAUAUUUACUCAGUCGGAUUGGACGAGUACGAGAAAUUGGCGAAUAAUCAGCCACAGGACGUAACCACGAAGAAUAGCGAGGGGAAUGAGACAGCGGAGAUCCCACUGAAAUGCGAGAUCUGUCACCUUGUCUUCACUUGCGGCAAGACCCUCCAGAAUCAUCUGAUAAGAUACUCAAACUCUGGUGACUACGUCUGUGAGGUUUGCGGGAGAAGAUUCAAGUGGUUAAGGGUCUUUCGGUCACACAUCAGGAAGCAUCAUAAGAAGAAGAAUGGCGUUGUUCCGUUGUACUACUGCGAACAGUGUGACGAAGCAUUUGCCACGAGGAAUUCCAAGCACAUGCACUUUGCGCACAUUCACAGUGAUCUUCAUAUGAAGAUAUCCGAUGACGAUGAUGUGACUAUUGUUGAGAGUGAAGUUGUGGACAAAGCGGGAGGGAAUUUGGAAAGUGUCGCACAGGAACAAGCGAACAAGCAGACAAUUGAGGUGGACCUGACUGAGGACGAGGAGGAAGAUGUAGCUGAUCCACGAGUGGUCAAGAAUCCUGUGGAAUCAGCACCGACACAAACGGUGACACCUCUCAGUGCAGCGGUAAAGCCGACUGUCGCCCAAGCCAGAGUUCAGCCGACAGCUCAUCGUCCGACACAAGUCGCACCCAACAUCUGUCCAAUUGUCUGCAAUAUUUGUCACGUCGAGUCCAUCGACGUCGAGUUUUUGGUGAAACAUUUUGCAACAGCUCAUGGCAUUCGUCUGGCUCCUUACAAACCAAAUACACAGUAUGAUCCUGAGGUUCAAUCGAAUUAUCAAAAUGUCGCUGGCAUGAAAAAUCACUCGACUUAUCAAGUGAAUAGCCGAAUAGAUUCUGAACCACCAGCAUUGUUUUAUUACUGCAAGAGUUGUAGAAUUCAAUUUGCCAAUGAAUAUUCACUGCUCACUCAUCUACGCAAUGCACAUGCUAAAAAUGAAACGGUCGCGGGAAAACAGGAUAAUUGGAAUUCAUCGGAUACAAAUUCAAGUGGUGGAGGUGAGAGGGUUAUGGUUGGGUCAAAAGUUCAGGGGCAAUCAGCGGGGGUUGUCUCUAUGGAAACUUCCUUCAUCAAUUCCGAUAAAUAUAUGUCAAAUGCUGAUUCAUCAGCGCCUGAAAAUGCCAUGGAUCUGACGAAAAAGAGAACUGAUAAUGUUGUAUUAUCGAAAAUUGAUUUGGAAGGGGGGCCUGACAGGCCUUAUCGCAUUCUCGGGGGUAAAAAUUCGCAGAAUAUUCAAUUCAUUAGCGUUCAGAAGAAAGAUCUUGUUAGUUUGACGCGACAGAGAUUGCAGAUGAGUAAAAGUCCGGAGGGAAACAAUAUUCCUUGAGUGCUCCUCUCAAUUUUCCACAUUUUUUUCUUUCUCUUUUCACGAUCUUUGGUAAUUACGUGUUCAAUUUUUUCUUUUGUACUCUCACUCUGGUAAUUAUUUAAUGGUCAGGAUGGAGUGGUACUGAUGCAGUUUGUACUCUUUAUGAUGUUUUUUUUUAAAUUUUCGUUCCGCGGUGGAAACACGAGAGGCACGAAUGACAAAUGAGUAUUUUUUACAUAGGGCCUAGGUGAUUACCAUUGUUGUAAUUAAUGAAUACACUCUUCCGUAGGUAUAAGUCUACGUUUAUAUGAAUUCUGUACCGGUUACUCUAAUAUUUGAAUGUAUAAUUCUGUUUCAUCUAUUGAUGUUCUCAUUAUGCUUUUUUUUGAUUAUUCAUUGAUUCGAAAAUUGUUAAAGAUCGUAAUAAAUACCUAUUGUCAAUAU